CUGAAGGAGCGGUAGGGAGAGGGGAGAGAGUGCAGGGGGUAGAAGCUAGGCACCAUGGCUUUCUCGUCCACUAGUACUAGCUCCUACAGGAGGGCCUUCGGUGGGAAUGUCCUGGGGUCCCCGCAGCUAAGCCGGGCUUCCUACUCCAGCGGGCGCUUCAGCGGAGGGAACCUGAGCUCCAGGGUUCACAUCUCCAAGACCAGCUCCAUGCCCUCCUACGGCGGCAUCUACCGGGUCAAGGCGCCAAACCGCGGCUAUGAGGUGGUAGACUUCAACCUGGCGGAUGCCCUGAACCAGGAGUUCAUCCAGACGCGCACCAACGAGAAGGCGGAGAUGCAGCAUCUGAACGACCGCUUCGCCAGCUACAUCGAGAAGGUGCGCUUCCUCGAGCAGCAGAACAAGGUGCUGGUCGCCGAGAUGAACCGGCUCAAGGGGCAGGAGCCCGGCAGGGUCAAUGAUCUCUUCGAGCAGGAGAUGAGGGAGCUUCGCCGCCAGAUCGACGCCCUGACCAACGAGAAGGUGCGGGUGGAGGUGGAGAGGGACAACCUGGCGGACGACUUGGAGAAACUCAAGCAGAGAUUACAGGAGGAGAUUCAACUCAAGGAGGAGGCAGAGCAUAACCUGGCUGCUUUCCGACAUGAUGUGGAUGCAGCCACACUGGCCCGUUUGGAACUUGAGCGGAAGAUCGAGUCCCUCAAUGAGGAGAUCGCAUUCCUCAAAAAGGUGCAUGAGGAGGAACUGCGGGAACUUCAGGCUCAGCUCCAGGAGCAGCAGGUCCAAGUGGACAUCGACAUGGCCAAACCAGACCUCACAGCCGCCCUGCGUGAUAUCCGUGCACAGUACGAGUCCAUCUCAGCCAAAAAUGUCCAGGAGGCCGAGGAGUGGUACAAGUCCAAGGUAGCAGAUCUGAAUCAGAGUGCGGCCAAGAACAAUGAUGCCUUGCGCCAGGCAAAGCAGGAGGCGAUGGAGUUCCGUCACCAGAUCCAGACCUACACCUGUGAGAUCGACUCCCUCAAGGGAUCCAACGAAUCGCUGAUGCGCCAGUUGAGGGAGAUGGAGGACAGGUUUGCUAAUGAGGCAGCAGGCUACACAGACACGAUCGCGCGGCUGGAGGAGGAGAUCCGUCAUCUGAAGGACGAGAUGGCCAGGCAUCUUCGAGAGUACCAGGACCUCCUCAAUGUCAAGAUGGCGCUGGAUGUGGAGAUUGCUACCUACAGGAAGCUGCUGGAGGGAGAAGAGAGCAGGAUCGUGAUGCCUAUCCAGUCGUUUUCAAGUCUGAGUUUCAGAGAGACCAGUCCUGAGCAGCCUCGCCAUGCGGAGCUCCACACCAAAAAGACAGUGACCAUCAAGACUUACGAGACCAGAGACGGAGAGCUGAUCAGUGAGUCGUCACAGCAGCAACAGGAGCUGUCUUAAACCCCAGAGCGAGAGAUGUACCAGAUGUGUCACCUGACCUUGGAUUCCCUGCCACACCUUCCCACACCCCUACCUCAUCCCACCACCAGCCAUCUACCAGGUUAACAGCAACAACACACACACACGCGAGCACAGGACGGGACAGCGACAACAUGCCUUAGAACCCAGCCGAAGGGAGCUGUCGGCCAACGUUAGUGGAGAGUCACACGUUGUGUGGCUUCGAAGACCAAGGGAAAGAGACGGUCCGAUUUCACAACACCUGUCUAAGAGCAGAGGUAUAGAGGACUUGACCAUCUCAGCAAUGAGAGACUCUUUCAGGAAGGCCUUGUCUGCCCCCAGGUCUGCCCGAACUCGAGGUUCCGGAUUUUUACAUUUAUCCACCUGUCUGCCUUAAACGCCCUCAGUGAUGGAGGCUCCACCGCACCCAAUCAAGCAGCCCCUCCCAUGUCGAUAACGUAUCAAGAAUUGGACGAGAGUGUGCAGGGGUAUGGGACAGUGUGAGGAUUGGUGGGGAAACACCCAACAGCAUCUGAUGGACCCCCAUUUCUUCCUCAGCACAGAAGCCAUUCCUGGAUUUCCCAAGGGGAAAUCGGGAUGGACCAGAGGAAGACUCCGAUCAUCCUGCCAUAAGACCAUAAAAUAUAGAAGCCAAAUUAGGCCAAUCAUCUGCUCUGACAUUCCAUCAUGGGUGACUUAUUACCCCUCUCAACCCCAUUUGCCUGCCUUCUCCCUGUAACCUUUGACACUAUUACUAAUAAGAGUCUGUCAGCCUCUGCUUUAAAUAUGCCCAUUGACAUGGCUUCCACAGCAUUCUGCAGCAAUUAGAUUCACCACCCUUUGCCUAAAGAAGCCAUCAUUGAUUCCCAUUCCACUGCUAUCGGCAUUGGAAUUGAUUUAUUAUUACAUGUACUGAGGUAGAGUUAAAGGCUAGUCUCAAAUAUUGUUCAUACGCAUCACUUCAUAUUCUAUCUAGGUAGCCUCCAAACUGCAAAUUGAUUUCUCCAACUUCUGGCAAUCUCUACCCCUCCCUCCUUCUCUCUUUUUCCAUCACACAUUCUGGUCCCCUUCUCACCCCUCUCUUUUUACCUGCCCAUCACAUCUCCUUCUCCUCUUUACUCCGUGGUCCAAGGUGCUCUGAUAUCAGAUUCCUCCUUCAGCUCUGUACCUCUAUCACCCUAUCCCCUCCCAGCUUCUCACUUUGUCACUCCUCCCCCACCUAUCCAUCUUCCUUCCUCACUUGGUCUCACCUACCACCUGCCAGCUUGUAAUCCUCCCCCUAACUCCUACUUUCUUAUUCUGCCUCAAGAUUUCCAGCACCUGCAGAAUAUCUUGUGUUCCUAUUCUGCCUUCAGCCAUAUUUUUUCCAGUCCUGAUGAAACGUCUCGGCCCGAAACACCAACUGUUUUCAGCACCGCUCUCUCUCUACUAAAAAAACGAGACUGUAUCCUAUCCCUCCCCCCACCCCCCCACCCACCAUCAAUGUACUCAUCCAAACUUCUCCUAAAUGCUGCAGUUGAACCUGCAUCUGCUUUUAGCCGGCAGCUUGCUCCACUCUUGCACCACCUGAGUGAAGAAGGUUCCCUUUAACUCUUUCAGUCAUCGGCCCGCGUCUGGCUCCCUCAGGGGAAUAGCUGAAGCAGGGUGGGCUUUAAGGGGAUGGAGAAACAAGGGAAUGCCGGGGUUCGAGGCUCUGUCAGCCGGAGAUGCAGCCACCAAAGGACAGUGACCGAACCCGGGGAAGAGCCAAAGGCCAGGACUCGAUGGGAGUAAAGAUCGCGAAGGGAGAUAGUGGAAGAGUUGUAGAAAUCAGCCUGUCCAGGGUAGAGGUACAUUAUACAUUGUCACAUGUACAUGGAAACCUACAGUGAAAUGCGGUGUUUUGCUUCAAUGGCCAACACAGUCUGAAGAUGUUCUAGUGUCGCCAAGCUACCAGCACCAACAUAGCAUGCCCAACCUCACUAACCCUAACUUGUACCUCAGUGGAAUGUGGGAGGAAACUCGCGCAGAUUUGGGGAAAACGCACAAACUCUUUAAAGAUCAACUGAAUUGAACCCUGAACUCUGACACUGUAAAGCAUCUAGGCUGCUAUGCUGCCCUGGAUUGGAGGAGAGUAGGAACUGUGAAGGGUUGUAGGGGCAAGAGGAGGCUACAGAGGAAGGGAGGGGCAUGGACAGCAAAGGAGGGCGAGACCAAGGAUCGGUGCGGGUCAGGAGUAGGGGGUGGGCGAACAGGACUUGAUGUGGGCUGGGACACUGGGGGUUUGGGGGAGGUGAGUGCUGGUCUAUUCCCCCCCCCCCGAGGUCUACUCCUGCAGUACCAUCAACACCAACCUGCCAAUAGACAAGCCAACUAAUCAAAAUACCUUGAUCAAGAAACCCCCUCCCCCCUGACCCCAGACCAAGCACCAACCAUGAACUGAGUUGGUGGGUUACUGGUUCCAUUUGUCUUGAGUCACCUCUGCACACCCACACCUAUUACCCUUCACCAGGCCUGGAGAAGGGUCAUUUUCCAUCAUUUAUUAGAACAUAGAACAAUACAGGCCGUUCAGCCCACAGUGUUGUGCUGACCAUUAAACCUAUUCUAAGAUCAAUCUAACACAUAAUCAGUAUUUUUCUAUCAUCCCAUGUGUGUAUCUCGGAGUCUUUUAAAUGCCUCAGAUGUAUUUGCCUCAACCACCACACCUGGCAGGGUGUUCCACAUACCUACCACUCUGUGUUUAAAAACCCCUAACAUCACCCCUCCUAUGCUUUUCUCCAAACACAUUAAAAGUAAGCCCCCUCCUAUCUGCUGUUUCUGCCCUGGGUAAAAGUUGCCACUCUAUCCAUGCCUCUUAUUAUCUUGUGCGCCCUUGUCAAGCCACCUCUCACCCUCCUUCACCCCAAAGGGAAAUGUCUAACCUCACUUGACUCGCCCUCAUAAGACAUGCUCUCUAAUCCAGGCAGCAACUUGGUAAAUCCCUUCUGUACUACCUCCAUUCAGGGUGUGAUGGUACACCAGCCAACUAUAUCAUUGCACCAAAAUUCAAGGAGUUAAAAGUAUCUGAAUAAAAUUUCUUGGAAAAUUACAUUUUCUUACCAUUUAUAGGCAGUGGUUUCAGGGUAGAGCAGGUGUAUAAAAACUUUGUAUAGUUAUUUUAGUAGAAAAGGUGAGCAUUUAAUGCAGAAGUCUUUUCCAGCCCAUCAAGUCUGUUUGAAAGAGAUGGCCUCUUUGUCUGCUCUAAGAUCUUUCUUCUCAUCUAUGAAAGUUUGGUCUCUUAACAAGGUCCUGUUGAAGUUCCUCUUGGAUUUUUAUUUUAUUUAGAGACACAGCACAUUAUCAGGCCCUUCUAUCCAAACAUGCCACCCAAUUACACACAUGGCCAAUUGAUCUACUAACCUGCCUGUCUUUGGGAUGUGGGAGGAAACCUACAUGGUCCGGGGGCAGUGACAGGAAUUGAACCUGGGUCACGACGCUGUAAUAAUGUUAUGCUAAUCUUGGUGCCAUCCCAAUUUGGCUCCUUGAAAUGGAGUUUCACUGGAUGGAUUUUUGUUGCGUCGUAUUUUAACUCAGUGGUCUCUCUGUCCUGGUGACCCUUCUGUCUGUUCCAGGACGAGAGAGAUGGGGUCUAUACUCUGACUUCAGAUGAACAUAUUGUGAUCCCAUUGAAAUGAAUUCUGACAGAGCCUGAGGGGUUAGAGGUGGAGCUAAUGACCUGGUCGUCAACAGUAACGGGCCACUGACUCAAAAUUCAGACAGAAAUGGAUGGAGUUUCUUCAUCUGGAGUACAGUGAGUCUUUUGUAUACUUAGUGCAGAAGAAUGGUGGAGCCUCAAUCACAGAUGUCAAAAAAAAUGUUUGGAUGUUGUGGGAUUUAGGAGAUGCGGAAAGAGACACAGGUGAAAGGGCAGUCAUUUUAUUGAAUGAUUGUCCCUUGCAAGAGACAAAGUGGCCUCCUUUUCUUUCUUCUUCUAUGCUGUUACUGUAUAUUCUUCCAGGCUGCGAUGCCGCAGUGGGUAAAAUCGGGUUCCCGUCACUCACCUGGUCCUGUGGCAGCCUCUCGGCCCUGGUGACCCUCCUGUCUCUGACAACCAUUUCUCUUUUGUAGAUGUGAACACUUGUAUUAAACCUCCACUUCCA